AUGCUUGCUUUCAGGUCACUCAAUAAAGAUAUAACAAAGUUCCAAGAAAGGAGCAGCAGCAUGAACAGUCUGACACCAAAGAGAUCAAACAGGUUUUCUUCAUUUAGAUCUCCUCCAUCAUCAAUGGAGAUCAUAACAAUGGCAAAGCCAAACCAAGGUGGUGAAAUCUUCCAUUUUAGCCACCUUCAACACCCUCUAGUCCCAUUGAACUUGCCUUAUUUCUUUACCUGCAUGGGUUGCAAAGAGUAUGGUGCUGGCUUGAGGUUUAGGUGCCAAACUUGUGACUUUGAACUCCAUGACUUUUGUGCUCUUGCUCCUCCUUCUCUCAUUGCUCAUCCUUUCCACACGAAACACCAGCUCAUCUUCUUCACAAAACCAGGUGGUUAUCUAAGAUCAAAAUGUGACAUAUGUUGCAAAACAGUGAAAGGAUAUGCCUUCCAUUGUACAACUUGUAGUUUUGCCAUGCACCCAUGUUGUGCCACCAUGAAUGGAGAGAUGAACCUCCCAGUCCAUGAACAUCCACUAAUUAUCAGUACUACUCUUUCUUCUUCUUCUUCUUCUUCAAGCACUGGUGGAGAUCAUUCAAGCCUGUUUUACACCUGCCAAGUGUGCAACAAAAAGAAGUCUGGCUUGUUCUUUGGUUGCAAUCUUUGUGGAUACUUUAUUCAUGCCAUUUGUGCAAAGGAUAUGGUGAAUGGGCUUUACGUGCAUGGGAUUAAACCUCCAAAGAAGCAUAACAUGUUAGGAACUGCAGCUAAGCUUGCCACCCAUGCACUCUUUGGCAUCAUUGGUGGCCUCAUUGAAGGCAUUGGAGAAGGCAUUGGAGAAGCUCUCAUUGAUAGUCUUGGAAGAUCAACUAGAAACCGUGUUAUCAGACCCAACUAA